AUGGAUUCGAAAACUCCUUCAGCUCGGGAGCGCAGCUGCGUGGGCCCAGGUUUUAAACAGCGGGCAGACGGGCGGGAGAAACCGAAAUAUUCCUACCCGGUGAAUGAGGGCGAGCGGCCCGCGUGGGCUGGCGCCUGGCUUCCGUACCGCGGCGUGCUCCGAGUUGUCGAGGUGGUUGUUAGUUGUCUGACUAAAUCCUGCCGGGUGGCGGGAAGAUUGGGAAACAGAAUGCCAUUUGAUGGAGCCAGUGAACCUGACCGUGCCCACGGGUCAUUAAAGUCUGAAUCAGAUAUUUUGCAGAACACGCUACCUGAAAAUGAGAAAUUCUAUUUUGAUCUGUCCAGAAUUAUCGAUAGCUCCCAGGACAGUCCUGUCAAACGCCACUCUGAUGCUGUCUUCACUGACAACUACAGCCGCUUUCGAAAGCAAAUGGCUGUGAAGAAAUACUUAAACUCAGUUUUAACUGGAAAAAGAAGCCAGGAAGAGCUAAAUCCUGCUAAACUUCGAGAUGAAGCAGAACUUCUUGAGCCUUCCUUUUCAGAAAACUAUGAGUCUGUAGAUGAGUUGCUGAGCCACCUCCCACUGGACCUCUGAAGGACACCUGGUAAAGUCUAUGACAAGAGCAAGUUAUUUUUGAGUUCCACAUAGUAUUUCAAAGAGAUGACUUUAGUCAUCAAACCAGAACAAAUAUGUUGUGAAGUGAAAGUUGUGAUAUAUUUGUUUCUUAUGUAAUAAAAGUUGAUAUUUACAUUGUAAAUAUUACUCUAGAGUUCUCUACUGAAAGCUGUACAUAUGGAUGCCAGUUUAACUCAUAAGAAGUCUGUAAGUCCAUAUGCUGUAAAUCCUUUACUUCAAUAAAUUCAUUUGAAAAUGA